CACUUUCAUACAUUCUCUUUAGUAAACAGGCCGCUCACUCCAGUCAGACACAAUGCGAGCUGUCCCCAAGCUGUACUUUAGCUUUCUGUUCUGGCAGGCUGUCGUCCUGCUGUUACUGGGAAGUAAAACAGCAGGAGCUUCUGAAUUUGAUCCGUACAGUGUUCUGGGUGUGACUCGCCAUGCUAGUCAGGCUGAAAUCAAGAAGGCGUACAAACAGCUUGCCAAAGAAUGGCAUCCAGACAAGAAUAAAGAUCCUGAAGCACAGACUAUGUUCAUCAAGAUCAGUCAAUCAUAUGAGAUCUUGUCGAAUGAGGAACGCAGGAAAUCCUACGACCGGUUUGGCCAGACUGAUGACUUAGACAGUCAGGCCUUCCAGUCCUCUGAUUUUUCCUCCCACUUCACACACUGGAGUCGAGAUUCCACUUCUGCCGAACACUUGCUGAACUAUUUCAAGUACAGGAAUGAGGUGUUACCGAAUAGCUUUAGGAAGCCCUAUCUAAUCAAAGUUACCUCAGAGUGGUGUUUUACCUGUAUCCAUAUUGAGCCCAUCUGGAAUGAAACCGUCCAGGAACUGGAGCCACACGGAGUUGGGUUUGGUGUGGUGGACUUCGGUGUUGAGAAAUUACUAGCUAAAUAUAUCGGUGCCCGUCAUGCUCCCACCAUUCUGGGGGUCAUUAAUGGAGAAGUGGCUUACUUUCACCAGUCUGCGAGCAAAGAGAACCUAAGGCAGUUUGUUGAAAGCAUGCUGCCCUACAAUCUAGUGGAGUCGGUUACAGACGAGAGCUACUUGGGUUUUUUGGACGCUUGGCGGGAAGAGAACAAGCCUAGCGUGCUACUGCUCGACGAAUCGUCUUCUGCAAGUUUUGUUUUUAAGCUCUCAGCAUUCGCUCAUCGAGACUUUGUGAGGUUUGGGGAUGUAGGUUUGAGUGAGAGCAAACGUCUUGUCCAGCAGUAUAGCAUCAACACGUUGAUUCCCAGCAUGCUCCUGUUUAAAGAGAGCACCGAAAAACCUGCAGACUUCAUAAAGGCCAAAGUAAUUAAAAAGCAGAUCAUCUAUGAUUUUGUGGAUAAAAACCGGUUUCUGCUGGUUCCUCGGCUGGUGAAUCAAAAGCUUUUUGAUGAGCUGUGUCCACUCGAACAGCGGCGUCAGCCUCGCAAAUACUGUGUGUUACUGAUCACUGGGGAGGAUGAAUCUUUUGGUUCUGUAAAAGCUGCUUUCUUAGACUUUGCCUCAUCCAACACUGAAGAGAUAAUAAAAUUCACCUACGUCAGUCAAGAGCGGCAACAGUCUUUCUGCGAUACUCUUCUCAAAAGGGAAUACUUAAUCCCCCCUCAGGUGAUUAUUUUGGGGAGGCAGAGCACCAGGGCAAAGGCGGUAUACCGGACAGUGACGGGAGGCUGGAAUGGGACUGACGAGGAUAAGCUUAAACUCCACAAGCACUUGGAGCUCCUGCAGGGAGACCCGACUUCGCUCAAUUAUGACGCCACGCUGCCUGAACUGAACGAUGAGCUCGCCCCUUACUUUAUAGUUCAGUGGGGGAUGGCUGCAUUUGAUUACAUCUCUCAAGUGUGUUUUAACUCUCCAUACUUAAACUGGCUAGGGAUGAUGCCCAUCCUCUCUCUCCAGUGCCUAAUCACCCCAGCUCUCCUCAUCCUAUUAUGCACAGUCAUCAAACAUGUUUUUACAAGUAGACGCCAAUCCACUCCGAUAGACGCUAGUCAUUCAGGAAUACAAUUUAAUGACCAACAUUCUUAGUAGACGAAGCACCAGGUUUGUGCUUUUUGCUGCUAGUUAUUUCUGUGUGAAAAGUAGGAAUCAACCUAUUUAUUUCUGUCAGGGAUUAAUGAGGGUGCUCACUGUUGUCGACAUUCUGACCACAAUAUCUUAGUUAUUUUAUGUAUAUUUAAUUAUUUAAAGCAAAUGCUAUGUUUGCUUUAUGUCUAACACAUACAUUCAUUUAAAUAAAGUUUUCAU